AAUGAAAAUGUCAUAAUCAAGUUAGGCUCAACCCCUCAUACAAAUGAGGACCAUGUGAAAGUAUACAUAGAUUUAUCUUGAAGCUAAGAAUAAUCCAGCUUCUAUAAAUACGUUGGGCCUCCUGAGAAGGAAGAGAUAAGAGAAAAAAGAGGUGUUUUCUGUGUAUUGCCGAGCUUGAUUUGUAACAAUGGCGGCCGCUGCAGUGAAGCUCUAUGGGCCACUUACCUCCCCUGCAGUCGCCAGAGCUCUCGCCUGCAUUCUCGAGAAGAAAAUCCCUUACGAACUCGUACCAGUCGACAUGAGGAAAGGCGAGCAUAAAAAACCCUCCUAUUUAGCAAUGCAGCCAUUCGGGCAAGUGCCUGCAUUUCAGGACGGAAAUCUCACCCUUUUCGAAUCUCGGGCUAUUGUGCGAUACAUUGCGCAGAAAUAUGAGGCGCAGGGGACAAUUGGAAUGUGGGGUGAGAACUUAACAGAGAGAGCUCUGAUAGAUCAGUGGAUGGAAGUGGAGUCACAGAGCUUCAAUCCUCCAAGCUUGGCUCUGUUAUUUCAGAUUGCAGUGGCCCCCAUGAUGGGUCUUACCCCAAACCAGGAGGAGAUUAACAAGAAUGAGGAGAAAUUGGGGAAAGUUUUGGAUGUUUAUGACCAGAGGCUUUCUCAGAGUAAGUAUCUGGCCGGGGAUGAAUUCAGCAUUGCAGAUCUGUCCCAUCUUCCAAAUAUGGAGUAUAUUGUGAACAAAACAGGGAAGUCUGAGCUCGUUAGGAAUCGGAAGAAUGUGAAUGGAUGGUGGGAAGACAUUUCAGGGAGGCCCUCCUGGAAGGAAGUUGCGGAACUUAGCAAGCCUGUUAAGAAGUGAAGAAGAUUUAAUAUGUCUGGUUUGUUGGCCCCCAUUUUGUGUGGCUGCCAUUAAUCCUCUGCCCACCUGUUUAUGGUGGGGCAUUUUAUAUUAUAUGUGAUACAAUCUGUUUUGAGAUGGGGUAAAGACGAGGAUGUUUAUGUAGUUUAAUUGUUUUUCAAUUAAUAAAUAAAACUUCAUAUUA